CGCCAUGCUCCGCCGAUUCCUGGACCGGCCUUGCACCCUGGCUCUCCUGAUCGGCUUCCAGUUCCUCUUCAUGGCCUACUUUUCCUUCGGCGGCUUCCGCAACCUGGCCUCCAUCUUUGGCCGGGACACCAACCCCUCCUUCGACUAUUCCCGCACGCACGACGUCUACACCAACUUCAGCCUGGUCUUCCAGCUGCCCCCUCGGCCCAGCACCAGCAGACCCCUGCCCUACUGCCCGGAUCGGUCCCCACACCUGAUUGGCCCUUUGAUGGUGAGUUUCAGCCAGGUGCCCACACUGGAGAAGAUUCAGGAGAAAAACCCGGCCAUCGAAUUAGGAGGCAGAUACCGUCCUUUCAACUGUGAGUCCCGCUCCCGGACGGCCAUCAUCAUCCCCCACCGCAACCGGGAGACUCACCUCCGACACCUGUUGUACUACCUACACCCUUUCCUCCAGCGCCAACAGCUACAUUACGGAAUUUAUAUUGUGCACCAG